CCUCUGUGUGACGUCAUCAACCGGCGCCGAAGGCGGGGCGAGGCCUGCGCGAGGCUGGGGAUGGUGAGAGGCGGCUCCGCGCCGCCAUGGAGCCGGAACGACAGGCGUUACCGCUGGAGAAUGCCGCCAUCCUGUCUGAGGGCGCCCUGCAGGACGGGCACCGCCUCUGGAUCGGCAACCUCGACCCCAAGAUCACCGAGUACCACCUUCUCAAACUCCUUCAGAAGUUUGGCAAAGUAAAGCAGUUUGAUUUUCUCUUUCACAAGUCUGGAGCUUUGGAGGGGCAGCCGAGGGGUUACUGCUUUGUGAACUUUGAAACCAAACAGGAAGCAGAGAAGGCGAUCCAGUGUCUCAAUGGGAAGCUGGCCCUUUCCAAGAAGUUGGUGGUGCGGUGGGCACACGCACAAGUCAAGAGAUAUGAUCAUAAUAAGAACGAGAAGAUUCUUCCAAUCAGUCUGGAGCCAUCAUCCAGCACGGAGCCACCCCAGUCCAACCUGAGUGUCAGUGCAAAAAUAAAGGCCAUUGAAGCCAAGCUGAAAAUGAUGGCAGAAAAUCCAGAUGCAGAAUAUCCAGCAGCACCUGUUUAUUCUUACUUCAAACCACCAGAAAAGAAAAGGACUACUCCUUAUUCCAGAGCAGCCUGGAAAUCUAGAAGAUGAUGCUUACUGAACGGAUGAUGGUAGCAAGAAACUCUGCUUUCUAUGCCUGGAAUCCUCCGAUGCUUUUGUACUUUGUAGGGUGAGAGGGAUGCUCCACCUGAGCACGACACCGCUGUAUGUGGCACAGUGUUUGUGACACUUCGGGUGUCUGCUGGGUGCUCCUUGUUGCCUGUAUAGCUUCACAGCUGAGCGCUGUUCAGAAAAGUAGGUUCCAUUCAAAGCCUCUGAUGAACAUGCAGACAACCUCUUGAUAGCUUGCAUUCAUUAGCAAGAUUAGAAACAGUAACCAGUGUAUGGAGUGAAGCACAUCCAAAAAUACCCCAUUGAACUGAUUACUUUUUAAAGUCUUUUUGAACAAAAGGUAUUCCAAUUUGUGUUUUUAAUGGAGGGGGAGACACCUGGUUUUGAUUAACGUUCUGUAGUUACCAUGGAAAACUUUUUCAUAUCAAUAAAACUCAUUUUAAAUAGAAUUUGCAACACUUAGUAACUGUGCAUGCAAUAUUUUAUAUGCACCAAACCAAAUUUAUUUUGCAUUUUUAUUUGCUAACUUUGCAAGUCAUGGCACAGCACAGGUAUCCUCAGUGUCCUUUGGGCUGUAGGCAUGUGCCUCUGCGUUGGAAUUGGUGUAGUUACCACUGGGUUCUGUUCUGUGCCAUAAGCUUCAGAGUGCAGCAGUGGCGUAUCUAGUGUUUGUGUUCAGGAGCCCCUGUUAGUGGUAGCUCUUCAUAAACCAGAUGUGACAGCGUGAGAAUAAUGCUGCAGCCUCAGACAUCUGUCAAGCACGUGGCCUGAGCGUUUGCCCACCAACCAGUCCGACCUUUGUCUUCCUCACUGGCUGGUAAAGGCGGCUGCUUGUUUCCUCGGUGUCACUGAAGUGGCACGAGUGUUUGUGGCAGUGCUGGUUCUGCUGCCUGCUGAGGCUCACCCAUACAAGGCAUCUGGUUUGGGGGUCUGAUGGAAGGCUUGCUGCUGAAGUCAUUUGAUCUGCAACUCAUUCUUGUCCCAAAAUGUUCUGUGCAAAAUUGAAAGAUCUGAGGAGGGGCCGCCCUGGCAGCGUUUUCUCCUUUGUGCACGUGGUGCUGUGGCUGCGUGUGCAAGAGGGACGUUGGGAAUGCGUGCACUCAGGUGCAGUACUGAUUGUACUGGAGUCCUCUUUCUCACGUCCUUCCAGUGGCGAACCUUUAGCGAACCUGUGGCUCUUGAGCUGCUUCUCCAAAGUGGUAAGCAGGAGCAAGAAAGUGAUUUCUGAACAGCCCACCACUUCUGAGCACAGGUGCUGCUCACUUGUAUAGCGCAGUCAGGUUUGUAUUCCCAAAGCAGCGCACCUGCCUUCGAGUGCGGAGCACGCUUCCUGCUUCCCAACUUAGCCUCUGGAAUGAAGCUGUGUGUGUGAUGGCUAGACUGAAAGCCUGACUUGUUGAGAAGUAGUUCUUGUGCUGUUAGAUACUUGCUUUCUAAUUUUCUCCGGGUACCUGAGUAAAGAGAAAGCAUGGUUUGGAGUUUGUCCCCCUGUGAAUGUCAGUACCACCCAUUUACAUUCCUCUGUGAACAGCCUGUGUUUUGUUCUAACACUUGUAGUCCUCAGGAUGUGCAUCUGCAUUAUUUCAAACCGUUUAUGUUUUUAAUAGGAAUUUAGGAAAUACCUAAAUUCAAGUUAGGUGUGCGGUCGCGUUCCCUUCAGAAGCAUAUUUUGAUAUUUAUUUGUAUUUAAAUUAAACUUGUUGAAAUCCUUA